AAAAAGAGAUCGAGCGAAGAGCCGCUGUUCAACUCCAGUCGUUCUGGAGGGGUUGCAUUGGCAAGCAUAUGGGUGCCCAGGUUAAGAGCCAGAUGGCGAGAGUCAAGCGAGCAAGGCACCGCACCGCAAUCAAGCUUCAGGCGGCGUUCAGGGGGCACCGUGGGCGAGGAGAGUGGAGAAGAGUGCACCAAGAGUGGAAGAAGAAUAGCAGGGCGGCUCGAAAGAUCCAGAAGGUGUUUAGAGGCAGUCGCGUGAUGAGUUGGCGAGAUGUUCGUCUGAACAAGGUGGCGCAGCACGUGUUUAUGAGGCAAGAGAUGGAGUUCCAGGAGAGGUUGGACGGCGGUCGUGCUCGCUACCAGCAUCUCGUUGACGAGGCCGGCAGGGACUCAUGCAGCGAGGAUGACGACGAAGCAGAUGCCACCGACCACUGGGAGGAGAUCUGGGACGAGGGCGCGGACCAUAGUUAUUGGUGGAACGCUGCGUUACGGGAGUCGUCGCCCGUGAAGCCCUUGGCCUUCGAGGAAGGUCUCGUGGGAAUGCGAGUAUGGCUGACUCGUCCGACGUCCGCAGGCCUGGCGGGGGAGGGUCAACUCACACGGUUGUCCUUCGAGGACGUCAUGAUGGUGCGGAGCAACGGGGCAUGGGUGCAGCUGAGAAAUUUCAUCGAGCCUGCCGUCGCCAAGGCCCGAGCGAGAAAAGAGAUGCUAAGCAGGAGGCGAAGAGCCAACCAGCACCUAUUCGACAGGGAGCAAAGGCACGAGCGAACCUGA